CUCUCUCAUCUGAGAAAACUCCAAAAAUGCCAUUUCACCGUUAAAGAUCGGAUUUCGAUGCCCGUAUUAUUCCUUCCAUGAUUCCCUUCUUUCUCCCCGGAUUUCUUGAUCCGAUCGAUAUGUGAUUUUCAACAGAGGAUCUGUGAGUUCUCAUUUUGCUUUUAGUUUAGUGCAAUGGCUUCAGUUAGCAUAGCGCCUACUUCUGGAGUAAUAGAACAUAGUGGAAAUACAGUUGGUGUUGAUAGAUUGCCUGAUGAACUGAAUGUUAUGAAAAUUAGGGACGACAAGGAAGUGGAAGAAACCGUAGUUGAUGGGAAUGGAACUGAGGCAGGGCAUAUAAUUGUCACCACUAUUGGUGGUAAAAAUGGCCAGCCAAAGCAGACAAUAAGCUACAUGGCUGAGCGUGUUGUUGGGAAUGGGUCAUUUGGUGUUGUCUUCCAGGCUAAAUGUUUAGAGACGGGUGAAACCGUUGCUAUAAAAAAGGUUCUUCAAGACAAGAGAUACAAGAACCGUGAAUUGCAAACCAUGCGCCUCCUGGACCACCCUAAUGUCGUCUCUUUGAAGCAUUGUUUCUUUUCCACAACUGAAAAAGAUGAGCUCUAUCUUAACCUGGUGCUUGAGUAUGUUCCAGAAACCCUCCACCGUGUUAUCAAACAUUAUAAUAAGAUGAAUCAAAGGAUGCCACUGAUAUAUGUUAAACUCUAUUUUUACCAGAUUUGCAGAGCGCUUGAUUACAUUCAUAACAGUAUUGGUGUGUGCCACAGGGACAUAAAGCCUCAAAACUUAUUGGUCAACCCACACACCCACCAGCUAAAACUGUGUGAUUUUGGAAGUGCAAAAGUUUUGGUAAAAGGGGAACCAAAUAUAUCUUACAUCUGUUCUCGCUACUAUCGAGCACCUGAAUUGAUAUUCGGUGCAACUGAAUACACCACAGCUAUUGACAUCUGGUCUGCUGGCUGUGUUUUGGCUGAGCUAUUGCUUGGACAGCCUCUGUUUCCCGGUGAGAGUGGAGUAGACCAACUUGUUGAAAUUAUUAAGGUUCUAGGUACCCCAACAAGAGAAGAAAUAAAGUGCAUGAAUCCUAACUACACGGAGUUCAAAUUUCCCCAAAUUAAAGCUCACCCAUGGCACAAGAUAUUUCAGAAGCGUAUGCCUCCAGAAGCUGUGGAUCUUGUUUCUCGAUUAUUGCAGUACUCACCUAACCUUCGUAGCACAGCUAUUGAGGCUUUGAUCCAUCCUUUCUUUGAUGAGCUACGUGGUCCUAACACCCGCCUUCCCAAUGGACGUUUUCUUCCUCCGCUAUUCAACUUCAAGCCUUAUGGGUUCACUGCAGGGCUCAGUCUUGCACCAAAGCAAAAGAAAGCAAAAGGGAAAUCCACAGUUUAUUAUUAGGAGAUGCAACAAAAGCGACAAUCAAUGCGUUUUUAGACAUUCUCAACAAACUGAGCAUCAUUGGCUAGCCUACCGCGUAGAGAAGCAACCCAGAGCACUGUCCGACUGUCGGUAAAAGAAUCCAAUAUUGCACUAAAUAGAAACAAGAAGCUGUUACAAAAGAUAAUACGAAACAAUUUCAAAGUUCUACCAAAUGGAAGGCGGGGAAGACAACUGCGGGAGUAAUGCUUGCUGGAUAUCAUCAACGAAUGAAAGGUCGCAAUGAUGUUGAUAGGAAUCUAAAUGGUAUUAAGAUUGAUUGUACUAUUAAUAAAGGGAUUAAGGCGAGUGAUGUUGUAGAC